AUUCCCAAGAUUUUUCGCAAUUUUCGCAGAAUUCCCGAAAAAAUUUUGACGGAUACAAACCCGGCCGGCACCACUCGGACGAUGAAUCGACUCGCCGAAGCGAUUCAAAUCGAAUUUUUCAACAACUUUGAGACUUUUCAUCGCCACGAGAAGCUGGAAAAUGGCGAGCAAGUGACAGAAACCAAGGAAAUUCGUAUCGAACAGCUGCCGAAUGUGCACAAACCGACGGGCGCUGUUUUGCCGGAAAAACGAGACGGAGAAAUGCCGCCAAACUUCCAGUGCCCGAUUCUCACCGACUUUGUUAUGCUGAAAAACUCACCCUGCAACCCGACAGAAUUUUUACACGACGUCGAAGUAUUCACCACACUAUCGGCUCUUCGCAGUGUUAUUUGCCAAUGGACCAACUUUUGGGGUCCGAAAAGUCAAUUUUUCAAAAAAAACCUCCAUUUUUGCCACAUGGAUGCUCAGGGAAGGGUGUUCCUAAACACUGGCACAAACUACACGGUCCCCUAUGAACGGAGCACCUCGUUUUUGAAUCGGUUCACUAUUUUGGAGCACGGGCAGACUUGGGACCAAUUCAUCGCCACGUCAUACUCGGGACUUGCGAAAAUUCGUCUGAAAAAUGGUGUCCGCGUCGCGUUUACGUACAAAAUGUACGCACAAUUUCAGAAUGAGCCGGUGGAUAUUAUCAUCAGAUCGGCGAGCAGUUUCCAGCGAGAAAUCGAUUUUCACUUUUUGAAUUGUCUUCUCACACGGAAGAAGCUGUGGCGUUAUGAUUAUUUCCGUACCCGCGGACAAAUUUCCACAAAAUUCCAAGAAUCCGUUGGCGUCGACGAGCUCUGGAAUCGUAUGUCCGCCGGAAAACAGGCAAAAAUUUUGAACUGCUUCGAGAAUCGCCUUCCUGAAUUUCUUAUCGACGUUGCAUUUGGUAUCGAAUCGGAAGAAGUCGUAAAUAUUAUUGAUUCGGUCAACUCGCCGGUCGUUCGUCUAACCGAAAAACCAAUUUUGGACAGUCUUUACUAAUUUUGUGAUGAAACAAUUGUAUAAAUAUGAAUUACUUGAAUAUUUUCCGUAAUAGCUCGUGAUAGGAAACAAUGAAUAAAUGAUUUGAAUUU